AUGUCUUCCCUCCUGGGCUCUUUGUGGUACUUUACUGAGGCAGAGAUAACGGCCGUGGAGAUGGAGAUGUACCAAGCCUUCCAUGACAAGGGUGGAAGCAACGCCGGUGCUAGUGCCGGUGAGCCGGUGACCUUGACCGUCAGUGGGAUGGGUGAGCACCUGAAGUGGGCCGGGAAUCCAGUGGCUGGCCAGCAGGGUAUCAAGAUCGGCAUGCGACUUACGGCCAUCGAGGGCCUGUCUUUGGCCGGCAUGGACAAGAAGCAGAUUACUGAUCUCUACAGCCAGCGGAAGGGCUCGAAGGGCUCGCCAGCGCCCGCCUCGGGCGGCUUUGGCUUCGGUGCGCAGCCAGCGUUCGGCGCGCCGGCGCCGGCAUUCGGUGCACCAGCGCAGGCCUUCGGCGCGCCCGCGCCUGCUUUCGGCGCACCAGCGCAGGCAUUCGGAGCGCAGGCCUUCGGCGCGCCGGCACCUGCCUUCGGCGCACCGGCAUUCGGUGCGCCGGGCUGGGCGCCGCAACAAUUCGGUGCGGGGGCCGGCUUUGGUCAACCUGCUCCGGGCGGUGGCUUCGGCGGCUUCGGCGCCAAGAAGAAGGUGAAAAUGGGGCGUGGCUUCGGGGGCGGCUUCAACGCGCUGCAGCAGCUCGAAUCCCUGGAGCAAGCAGUAAGCCACCUGGACGCAGGUUACUCCGGGUUCUUAGAUGGGUCAGGCAAGCCCGUAGAGAACCCCGCCUCCUUGGACGUGGCAGCGCCGGGCAUCGUUCGCUCUGCAGAUGCCUGCUUCUACAGCCUGGACGCAGGCAUGAUCCGUGCUGUGCCAUGCCAGCUGACGCAGGGGCGCUGGUAUUUCGAGCUCCGACACACCUACCUCAACGACGCGCGCAUCGGCUUCGCCGUGAGUGCCGGCAAUGGCGCCCCUGAGGUGAAGUGGCUUACCGACAAAAGGCCCUGGCCCACCAAUGGCACCGUCGGCAUUGCCGUUGAUUGCGAUGCCGGCACCGGGUACCUGGUCGUGGACCACAAGCCGGGCUCCCAAAAUGGGGGUUGA